AUUAAUUGUUUCUGGAAAACGGUAGUGAAGAAAACAGUAAACAAACCCACAGCAGAGCCAGCACGAAGAGCAGAGCACAAACUUCCGAAAGGAAGAAGAGAACCACAGUGCCGGUAGGAGCGGCAGCGAUGUGGUGACCUUAGAAGAGAAUCACCACACGCCACCACGCCGAUGACCGGACGACGACGACGUCACAAACUGCGACAACGACGACGACGUGGAGAACAAAGAGAACGACAGCGCCUCGUGAACAAAGAGUGCCUUCCGUAGGGAUAGGGAAAGAGAUCCCUGAAAGCGUCCGCGAGUAGAGGCAGCUGUGUCAGUCUUCCGCAAGCAGAUAGACGACAAGAAGAAGGAACCCAACCCCGCGAGCAGUAGAGGAGAUGAACGAACCCUAAUCGCGAAAUCUAUUCAGAGGUGUUUGAUUGUGGUCAAGUUUGAGUGAUGCGAUGCGUUGGUUGGCUUCAUUUGAUGAGAGAAAAUUGUGGGCAUGCUUGUUUCUGUCAAUUGGUUCUGUUUUCUUUGUUGGGUUUUUCUUUGUUGCUGUGAUUUCCAAGCUUUUGCCACCUUCUCAUGUUCCCCUCAUUUCUGCACUGCAAAAUGACUGGUACUACUGUUUCUUGGUGCCAUUGACUCUCCCUAUAAUUGUUGUUGCUGUGUACUUUCAUUGGCUCAGCAUGAAGUUGUUCAAGCAUGCUUAGCAUAACCUUUUAAGAUUUUGAAGGCAAAAAUAAAUGUAUGCUGUUGGAGCAACAAUCACCUAUAUCAAUUGCUGCCUUGUUAGAUUCUCUGCAACUUGCACUCCUCUCAUCACCUAAAAAGAGCAUAAGGAUUAAGAUGUUAAAUGUAAUUACAUGUGUGAAUUAACAUGCGAAAUUGUUCCUAUUUAAUCAAAGGCCUCGGUUUUAAAUCUUGAAUAUGGUGCUAAAUAUUUGCACAAGUUUUGUUUUCCAGAGCGAUCUUAAAAGUUGAAUGCAAAGUACAAAUGUAUUUAAACAUUGAAUAUGUAAACAUAUAUAAAGGGUGCUUA